AUGCAAAACUUCGGAACACCUUCUCGUGUGCGAGGAGAUCGUGGAGGAGAGAAUCUCGAUGUUGCAAUGUAUAUGAUAAUGCGAAAUGGACCACGUCGUGCGUCCUUCAUGUGGGGAUCUUCUACACGGAAUUCGCGGAUCGAGCGUCUAUGGGUUGAAGUUGGCACGCAGUUUGCUAGGAGGUGGAGAGCGUUUUUCACUCGACUUGAAAACCAUCACGGGCUCAACCCUCACAGCCCUAGUCAUAUCUGGUUGCUCCAGACUCUGUUCCUCGAUGAAAUCAAUCAAGAUUGUUCGGAUUUCCGGGCGGAAUGGAACUGUCAUCCGAUACGUGGUCCUGACACCAAUGAUAAGAGCCCUAAGGAUUUACGUUUUUUAGGUCAAAUCCAGUUCGGCGUGUAUCGUGACGACUGCGAAGGGGUCCACCCUGACGUGAUUGAAGAACACUAUGGGGUACAUGGUCCUACUACGACUCGACGACAACAUCAGAGUGGAGCGGGGCAUCCAAUUGACGAAGAAGAACGUGAUAACGAAGAGGAGCCUCUAACUAUGGUACAGGCUAUCAAUGAUCAACAACGACACCAUAUCCACCACGACGCUAUCAGUGUUCCAUUGCAAAUCAGUCCUUUCGUCAAUGACGAAACACGCCGGCAAUUCUCUGCCACCCUUAUCGAAGUCAUAGCCGAGGAUAUAACACCGUGCGACUGCAGGCUAGCAGGAAAUGAGUGGGAAGGCGAUGAGUAUCCAAUCUUCGAGGCUAUCCCUGUUGGCCGACGAGGGUCGAAAGAACUACACGUGUCUCUCGCCGAACCAAGCUGGUUCAACCGGGCGAGGCUAUGGUGUCAGGCCUUACUAGUGUUGUCAUACUUUUUAGCGGCUGGGCAAGAGUAA